AUGGAGAGAAACAUGAGCACGAUUCAUAAGGCAGCUUCUGUAAAAGCCUGUGUACUUGAAGAGCACCGGGGCAAUAUCCAGAGUUGCUUGUUACCUUCAGGCUCUGUUUGCAAAAAGAAGCUAGCAAAGAGACCAGGAUAUAUGAGAACUGGCGAUCUGCAACAGGUAGAAUUUCACCCUCCUGUUGACUGCGAACCAUUUAGUCCAAAGGAGCUUGAGCACCAUGGCAGGAUACAGCACAGAGAUUUUAAAAACAGCGCUUUGAAGAGGCCACACAAAAAUGACUUGGGAUUGCUCCAUUGUAAUGUACAAGUAUGUACCGCCAUUCCCUCCGAUGUGGCAACUGGGCCAGCUGCCACUGUUGAAAUUAAAGCGGGUCGCAGAAUUCAGCAAUCAGAAAAUCUAAUCCUACCUGUUUGUCCUCCAGUUGCUGUGUGUAAAGAAGAUGUCUUGCCUACGUACAGCUCAUACUCGCCGAAAACCGAUUUGUUAUACUCUGUGAAGGAUACUGCUUGCGGUGGUAGCUCACGGGAGAAGAAAAGAAUGCAUGCUUUCGGUCAGAAGGCAGUGAACGACAAUCAGGAAUUUGAAAGCAAUGAAAUUGUUUGUAGUUCUUUUAGUUCUGAAGGUCACUUUAAUUCAAGUUUUAGCUUCAUCCAACAAUCUUUAAAUCCAGCUUUUGAAACAAAUGGAAUUGUGGGCCCAUCAGACUGCAGUGAGCCUAAAGACAUUCUGCCAGUAUGCAAAGUAGGAAAAUCAGAUAAUGGUAAUUUACAUGUGCCUGGGGAAGGUCAAGAAACUUUAGGGGGGAAAUCAUGGGCUUCAUCCUACAUCUGUGUGCGCGCUGAAGACUGUAAGUGCCCAAGGGAGACCGUAGAGGAUGAUAAAUUGUACGAUUUUGAGGCUCUUUCACUAUUAUGUGCAAAUGCUGCAUUUUCCUGUUCCACUGAUUCUUUGGAUGCAACAUCUGCUGGUUCUUCUGUGACCUCAGGCUAUGAAAGUAGUAGCAAUGUUAAUGAUCACAGCUGGGAUUCUCUGAUCAGGAAGCACGAACCAGUCCUACAGGAGUGCAUACUUGGCAACCAAAGUGUAUUAAAGAUACAGUCUUUAAUCGUUAAGCUUCAAAAGCUUCAAGAGCAAGCAGUAGCUGAAGACGACUAUGAGAGAGCUGAUAAAUUUAGAAGAAAACUUGAAGAGCUGGAGAGUGAGAAAAGGUCACUAAAAUUUCAGCUUCCUUCACAACAUCCUUCAAUUAGCAGCUUUUUGGACAGAUUCAGAACACAGGUUCAGAUGGCCUUACGUGGAGAUGUUCAUCGGUUUAACAGAGAAGAAACAGUUUUCUCACAGAAAAGUGAACAGAAGGUUUUCAGUCCAACUAGUCAAGAGAAAAUACAGGUUUCAUUCAAUAAACGAGACCAGCUGCUUAAAGAAAAACAGUGGAUACAGAAAGAAAUUGAACUGUUGAGAGCAAGGCUGGCUGUUUUGGAAGCUAAAGAUCAACAGUUAAGGCGAGAAAUUGAAAAUCAAGAUCCUAUCAUUCAGUUGCAGGACAGUGAAUUAUCUGCCUUGCUUAGCUGGUUAUCGCAUGGAGAACUACAGGCAAUAAGCAAAGCCUUGGCUGAUACUUUGGAAGCAUCACAUCAAAUUCCAUGCAGUUUGGAUUUCCCAGAAUCCAUAACAAGGCUUCAAGAAAAAGAGCGGUCCCUCAAUAUAUCCAUUAAAGAUACUGCUUCCAAAAUAUGUACCAGUCAGAAGCUGUGCAGCACUUUAAGGGGGAAAGUGAGUGAUAUUGAGACUCAACUACCAGCGCUUCUUGAAGCCAAAAUGCUUGCUGUAUCAGGAGGUAAUUUCUCUACUGCUAAAGAACUUGUAGAAGAAAUUAAGUCAUUAACAACUGAGAGAGAACAACUGAAGGGACUUCUCAAUGAAUGGUUGGUACUGAGUGCCAGAAACGUCCAAAAAUUAGAGAGAAUGAAAGAAGGUUACAAGAAGCUGAAGGAAGAAAUGGAGCAAGGGGAGGCUGCCUUUGAAAAAAAAUUGAAGGAGAAUAUUCUCAAAUACAUGGUGAUUCUGGAGAAACAACUGCAAAGUUGUGUGAGCCAGCUUCUUGAAAGAGUUUGGGAAGUUGACUUAGAGGCCUGCCAGCUGUUGAUUCAGGAGUUUCAGCUGAAAGAAGGUGGCUGCUGUGUUUUCGCGGGUGAAGGGAGCCAAACCGAUGAAGUGGAAGAUACUGCCGAUGCAUUGUUGAGCACCAAGCAGAGACAAUCAAAACGCUUUCCCAUUAAAGACUCCAAGCAGAGUGCUGUCCAGCAUCCUGUUACCCAAAGCAACCACCAAAGUGCACAUUGGGAAUCGAAAGAGGAAUUCCCUGUACUUUCCACAGAGCUUGAAGAAAAAUGUGAACAAAUCAGUGAGAAAUUACUCCAUUUGGAAGAUCAACUUCAAACAGCAAUUUGCAGCUGUGAUGAAAGCCUCACAGAUUCUCUACAGAGAGAGAUCCAGAUGGUGAAGGAAGCUCUCCAGGCCAUGUUGGUGCAGCUCCAGCCAGCGAAGGAGGCAGAAGAAGAUGCUGCUGCUGCAGACUUCCUUGGUGACAGCUGGUGUCCGGGAAAGCAAAGCUUAAAGGAGUAA